AAAUAGCUCUAGAGACCAAGUGACCAUGAAUGAGGGAGGCAGUUGGGCAGCAGAGCUACGACCGGAAGCAAGCUGGCCACGCCGCUGUCGUCAUUUACUCAUCUCAAGUCAAGCCCUCCAUCGAUCGGCGCCACUACCUUUUCCAAUUGAUUAUAUUUAUUAUUCUCAUCGCUGGCCAUCUCGCCGCACAAAAGCUUCUUGCUAGCUGCUCCAUGUUUUGAAUCCUACGAUUCUAUAAAUCAAAGAUUCUUUUCUGGCAAAUGGGGAAGAAGCGGGUGAUGUAUCCGGCUAGUGAAGUCGACUUGGAGACGGUGAAGUACGUGCCGGAAAAUAUACAAGCCCCGCAUUUGACUGGGCUGGGGUUGCAGUUAUUCGUCAAGUUGGCUGAAGCGCCAGCUAUCGGGUCAUUGAUUAUGGCUCACUUGAAGAAUCAAAACAGAAUAGUAGAGAUGUUGAAGAACACCGUCAUUCCAGAGGCUCCCAUGUUUAAGCCUGAGUUCACACCACAAGAGCCAGAAUGUUGUGUAUCUUUAUUGGAAGAAGACGGACCCCCUCAAGACAGGGUUGGCAUUGCCUUUAACUGUCUCCCACAUAAUGAUCCUGCUAGCAAUUGGACCUCUGAUAUGACUGUGUCAUUCCGCUAUUGGAAGAUUCGUGACUAUGCUCACGCAUAUAGAUCGAAGCUUACAACUCCAUCACUGGUUGCUGAGUGCUUUAUCUCAGCCAUGGAGGAGUUUGAUAAUAAGAACCCAACAGCCCCUCUGCUAAUAUCCUUUAGUCCUGAUGAGGUUAGAAAGCAAGCUGCAGCUUCCACUCAAAGAUUUGAGGACGGAAACCCACUGUCAAUCUUGGAUGGAAUAUUCGUGGCCAUUAAAGAUGACAUUGAUCUCUACCAUCAUCCUACAAAGGGUGCUACGACAUGGUAUCAUGAGGUUUAUAAAGUAGAAAAAGACGCUAUUUCUGUUUCAAGAUUACGCAGCUGUGGUGUCAUUUUAGUUGGAAAGGCAAAUAUGCAUGAGCUAGGCUUGGGUACAACAGGAAACAAUCCUAAUUAUGGGACAACAAGAAACCCCCAUGCUCUAGAACGGUACACUGGCGGGUCAUCCUCGGGCCCUGCGGCAAUUGUAGCAUCUGGAUUGUGCUCUGCUGCACUAGGAACAGAUGGUGGAGGUUCUAUUCGGAUUCCUUCUUCCCUAUGCGGUGUUGUUGGCUUGAAGACCACAUAUGGACGUACCGACAUGCGAGGAGCAAUGUGUGGCGCUGGGACUGUGGAGAUCAUUGGACCUAUCACAGCAACUGUUGAAGACGCCAUUCUUGUGUAUUCAGCAAUAUUAGGAUCCUCUCCUGCAGAUAGAAUUUCUCUAAAACCGGGCCAACCUUGUGUACCUAAUUUAUCUUCAAAUGGAAGUUCGGACGUUCUGGGAUCAAUGAGGUUGGGAAAGUAUACAGAGUGGUUUAAUGAUGUUUUCUCCCCUGAAAUAUCUGAAAAAUGUGAGGAUGUCCUGCAUCAACUAUCAAAAAAGUAUGGGUGCAAAGUGAUAGAUAUUGUAAUACCAGAGCUGCAUGAGAUGCGGACUGCACAUAUUGUUUCCAUAGGCUCUGAAUCACUGUGCUCUUUGAAUCCUUACUUGGAGGGAGGGAAAGGAGCAAGAUUGACAUAUGAUACUCGAACCAAUUUGGCACUUUUUCGGUCAUUCACAGCAUCAGAUUAUGUUGCUGCUCAGCGCCUUAGGAGAAGGCUAAUGUACUACCAUAUGGAGAUAUUUAAGAACGUGGAUGUCAUAGUAACUGCUACAACUGGCAUGACGGCACCCAUAAUACCAGCAAGUGCUCUUGCUGUUGGAGAGUCAAAUUUGCAAGUGUCAGGAAAUCUCAUGCGUUUCAUUAUAACUGCAAAUCUUCUGGGGCUUCCAGCCAUUUCUGUCCCUAUUGGUUACGACAUGCAAGGACUACCUAUAGGCAUCCAACUUAUAGGCCGACCUUGGUGUGAAGCUUCCAUUUUACAUUUGGCAGCUGCAAUAGAGGAGAAUUGUUCAUCCCCCAAGAGAAAGCCAUUGCAAUUCUAUGACAUACUCAAGGGAGGGAAUUGAACUCCAUUACAAAUAAUUUAUAUGACAAGGGAGUAGUAUGCCGGCUGAAAAUUUGUCGGAGUGAACAUAAAAUUAACUUACAAUGCGAUGUCCUCACCUUGUUGGAACAAUCUAGGAUGUCAAAGACUUAUAAGGUGAUUUUUAUCAUUGUUACUUUUUUUGAAGAAAUCUUUGUUAUUUCUUGUUAAGUAAUAAGUAGUACUACCUUCGUCCCGCUAUGAUUGUCCUAUUUUACCUUAUCGGUCCGUCCCACUAAGAUUGUCCCAUACCAAAUUUGGUAAAGUUUGUGUGGCUCUAAAUCAUUCUUACUUUAUUCUUACUUUAUCAAUUUAAUAUUAACCACAUAAACC